UUCUUCCCCCAAUGUUUAAGAAAUGCUGCAUUUCUUACAGACAAGGAUGUUAUUUACAUGUGUCCAUUUAAUGGCCCCGUUAAAGGAAGAGUAUACAUCACAAACUAUAGGCUGUACCUAAGAAGUGUGGAAAACGAUCCAGUUGUGGUAUUGGAUGUUCCACUGGGUGUAAUUUCAAGGAUUGAAAAAAUGGGAGGAGCUUCAAGCAGAGGAGAGAAUUCUUAUGGAUUAGAUAUAACGUGUAAAGAUAUGAGAAAUUUACGCUUUGCAUUGAAGCAAGAAGGGCACAGUAGAAGAGAUAUAUUUGAAGUCCUCACAAAACAUGCUUUUCCCCAGUCACAUAACCUGCUUUUUUUUGCCUUUGCAAAUGAAGAAAAGUUCUCUGAGAACGGAUGGAUGGUGUACAAUCCAAUGUCUGAAUACAGAAGACAAGGACUCCCUAAUGAACGAUGGCGAGUAACAUUUAUUAAUGAACAUUAUGGACUGUGUGACACGUAUCCAUCGCUCCUUGUAGUGCCAUAUAAUGCAACAGAUGAUGACCUCAAGAAAGUGGCGGCAUUUAGAUCCCGAAAUAGAAUUCCGGUUCUAUCAUGGAUUCAUCCAGAGAAUCAAGCUGUUAUCAUGCGCUGCAGUCAGCCCCUGGUUGGAAUGAGUGGGAAGCGAAAUAAAGACGAUGAAAGAUACCUUGAUAUCAUCAGAGAGGCUAACGGACAAAUCUCAAAGCUGACCAUCUAUGAUGCUAGACCCAAUGUCAAUGCAGUUGCAAACAAGGCCACUGGGGGGGGUUAUGAAAGUGAAGAUGCAUAUCCCAAUGCGGAGCUUUUCUUCUUGGACAUUCAUAAUAUUCAUGUCAUGAGGGAAUCGUUGAAGAAGCUGAAAGACAUUGUUUAUCCUAACGUGGAAGAGUCACACUGGUUGUCAAGUCUGGAAUCAACCCACUGGUUAGAACAUAUAAAGCUUGUCUUGACAGGAGCUAUUCAAGUGGCAGACAAGGUAUCCUCAGGAAGGAGCUCUGUGCUGGUUCACUGCAGUGAUGGCUGGGACCGAACAGCACAGCUGACAUCACUGGCCAUGUUGAUGUUAGACAGCUACUACAGAACAAUUGAAGGGUUUGAAGUUCUGGUGCAAAAAGAGUGGAUAAGCUUUGGACACAAAUUUGCAUCGGUAAGAACUGGAAGAUAAUUGCAAGGGCCAUGC